CGGCGAGGCAGGCGGCCGGCUAGAGCAGAAGCAAGAGGAGGAAGCCGCGGGCGGAGCCCAGCCAGGGAGCAGGCCUGUGUCAUGAAUGAGGUGACUUACAGAAGCACGUCCUGAAGUUCAUCCCUGAUAUUCUGACUUCCAAUAUUUUGUGCUCUAGGAUCCCUUGUAGCUCUCUGCGACCGUGCCUCAUAGUACAAAGCAGCUCUUCCGUGGCCAAAGGCCAUUUCAAAGGCCCUCUUCCCUUCAGUCUGAUUCAGAGAAAUUGGUCCUAGAGCCUCUGACGGGACAACCAGGGGCAGAAGCUCAGGAAGCAGCUCUUGGAGUAGACUGCUUCGGAGGGAGGGAGGAGAAGACGGCUUUAGCACUCUCAGUGCCUGGUGUAGAGAUAAAAUGCUGUCUCUGCAGACAGGAAGAUCUAAGUUCAAGUUCUGCCAGCAGGAUAUACUCACUGCAUAACCAUGGAUAAGUCACUUCUGGUCUUGAGAGAGAUCCCUGGGGCCCUGAGAAGUUAAAUCAAAGAAGAGACAUUGAUGAGCAUCAGUGCAUGGAGUUUCCACCUAUGGGAAAGAAAGCCCUGGCAUCUGGCUAUGACAGACACAGUGCUUAGCAAUAGUUCUGAUCGCUGGAUGUGCCCCAAUGACAGAUCCAUGGCCCUCCGCACAAGUGAAAAGGAACAACUCCCGACAGGAUGGUCCGUCCGCCCUGACCAGCCUGAGAGACCAAGAAAGAAUGAAGAGCUUACAGAUGAGGAGAAGGAGAUCAUCAACAGAGUGAUCGCUCGAGCUGAGAAAAUGGAAGAAAUGGAGCAGGAGCGCAUUGGGCGCCUGGUGGAUCGCUUGGAGAACAUGAGAAAGAAUGUGGCUGGAGAUGGGGUAAACCGCUGCAUUCUGUGUGGGGAACAGCUGGGAAUUCUGGGCUCUUCCUGUGUGGUGUGUGAGGACUGCAAGAAGAAUGUCUGCACCAAGUGUGGAGUGGAGACUUCCAACAGCCGCCCACAUUCCAUCUGGCUUUGCAAGAUUUGCAGCGAGCAAAGAGAGGUGUGGAAGCGUUCUGGAGCAUGGUUCUUCAAGGGCUUCCCCAAACAAGUGCUCCCUCAGCCCAUGCCAGUGAAGAAACCCAAGCCUCAGCAACCAGCCAGUGAGCCCAGCUCAUCAGAGCCACCCACCCUGGAGCCCAAGCACCAACCCCGAGCACCUGGCCGAGGCCCAGGAGAGGCUGGCCUCCCUGGAGAACAUGGUGAUGCAGAGGACAAGAGGGGCAUGGUCCAGAAAUCAGGUCCUGAGCCUGCACCUGCUCCCGGCAGGGGCGGUUACGCCCCCCCAGUGCGCCGGGCCUCAGAGAUUCGCAUGAGCUCCGGUGGAAGUGAUUACUCUGGCAGGGAUUCUGAAAGCCGGGACUAUGGCCCAGGUGGGGCUGCUGGAGGUGAUGCCAGUCGGAGUCCAGCAGGUUUGAGACGGGCCAACUCAGUUCAGGCCUCCAGACCCUCCCAAGUAUCCAGCCAAAGUGCCGCAGCUCAGCCAGGUGCCCCAGGGCCCCCAGGGGCUAGCAGACCGGGACCAAGUACAGCUGGCAGAUUUCCAGAUCAAAGACCAGCUCAGGGGGAUCUGGCCCAAGGAGAGCCUGCCUACCCCUCGGCAACGGCCACUCCACGGGAUGACCGAGCAGGGGAUGUGGGGGGUUAUCCUGUAGCUGGAACAGUAAGACGAGCAGGAGCCUACUCUCAGGCAGCCGCUGCACCCCAGCCUGCUGCCAUCCCAGCCCGGCAGCAGCAGCCGCCCCCAGAAGAGGAUGAAGAAGAGGCAAACAGCUAUGAUUCUGAUGAAGCAACUACCUUGGGAGCUUUGGAGUUCAGCCUUCUUUAUGAUCAGAACAACAGCUCCCUGCAGUGCACCAUUAUCAAGGCCAAGGGAUUAAAGCCGAUGGACUCCAAUGGCCUGGCUGAUCCCUAUGUUAAGCUGCACCUUCUGCCUGGCGCCAGCAAGUCCAACAAGUUACGGACAAAAACGUUGAGGAAUACCCGGAAUCCUAUCUGGAAUGAAACCUUGGUCUAUCAUGGCAUCACCGAUGAGGACAUGCAAAGGAAGACCCUGAGGAUUUCUGUCUGUGAUGAAGACAAGUUUGGCCACAAUGAGUUCAUUGGGGAAACCCGAUUCUCCCUGAAGAAACUGAAGCCUAAUCAGAAGAAGAAUUUCAACAUCUGUCUGGAGCGGGUCAUCCCUAUGAAGCGAGCUGGGACCACAGGAUCAGCAAGAGGCAUGGCACUCUAUGAAGAGGAGCAGGUGGAACGUGUGGGUGAUAUUGAGGAACGUGGCAAGAUCCUGGUGUCACUCAUGUAUAGCACCCAGCAAGGAGGCCUCAUUGUGGGUAUUGUGCGCUGUGUCCACCUGGCUGCGAUGGAUGCCAAUGGCUACUCUGAUCCCUUCGUCAAACUCUGGCUGAAACCAGACAUGGGGAAAAAGGCCAAACACAAGACACAGAUCAAAAAGAAGACUUUGAAUCCUGAGUUUAAUGAGGAGUUUUUCUAUGAUAUAAAACAUAGUGAUCUGGCCAAGAAAUCACUGGACAUCUCAGUCUGGGAUUAUGACAUUGGCAAGUCCAAUGAUUAUAUUGGGGGCUGUCAGCUUGGUAUCACUGCCAAGGGGGAGCGCUUGAAACAUUGGUACGAGUGUCUAAAGAAUAAGGACAAGAAGAUUGAACGCUGGCACAACCUCCAGAAUGAGAACCACGUCUCCAGUGAUUAAAGCGGGGGCCUAUGGGCCCCACCCUCCCACCCUGUCCAUUCCUCAGCUUUUCCCUCUGUCCCCCUGCACCGCCCCCCCCACCCCCGACAUUCCCCUGCCCCUAGAACUCCUCACUCUGGACCUGUCCUCAGCUUUUCCGGUCCGUCAGCCUGGCUGAGACAGUCUCUCCUGGGUUCCUCUGCCAUGUACACUGACCAGAAAGCUGUCUUGACCUUCCCUUCCUUACCUGAACAAACCUUUGAGGUCUCUUCCUCCCCUCUUAAAUAUGAGGGGACACAUACCCCGCCUUUUACUCUCUCUCUCUCUCUCUCACUCCUCUCUCUUCCAUUGUCUUUCUUUUUUUCUUUAUUACUGUUUCACUUUAAAUAUUUCUCUCUUAUUUUGUCCUUUCCAUCUCUUCCUCUCUUUACUUACU